UAAAUAUAGUUUAUAAAAUUAAAAAUAAAAAUUCCGUAGCCAGUCGGAACUCGGAAGACUCGUGGCUUCGGUGUCCAGACGGCUGAUUGAUUUGUCUAUCGACAGACAGUACAUACUCCAGGAAAGAGAAAGAGGGUUUAGUUCAGAUGGCGAAUCAAGGGGCGAAGAAGAGAAAAGAGGAGAACACUCGCCACAUGAAGAAUCUUCUUCGUUUCAUCAUCGCCUGCAAUGCUGUGUAUCUACUCAUAAGAGCAGGCGUCUUCCAUGCUUCAUUCAACUGGAAACACUGGGUUGGCCUAAUUUUAACAUCAUGUGCUUACAACUUUCCUUAUCGACAACUUGCCUCAAUGGCAAAGCCUUCUUAUGGUGAUGAUGGAGAACUCUUUGAUGGUGGUUAUGAUAUGAGUACUGCUGGUGUUUGCGGGUACUUACAUGAUGUGAUUUACAUAACUGGGUUUGUGCAACUUGGGUCUAUAAUUUCAGACAAAUUCUGGUACAUUUAUCUGGUGAUACCGGGAUUUGCAAUCUACAAAGUCCUUGGUUUUGCCAAAGGGUUUCUUCCAAGUGGUUCAGAGGGAGAGGAAGAAGAUGAAAAGACAAAGAAGAAGAGAGAAAAGAUGGAGAGGAAGGCUUCGAGAGGGAAGUUUGUGAAGACAAGAACCCGAUAGUAUUAUUAUUAUCAAAUGAUUUUAGCCACUUUGCUUUUAAGCACUCUUUAUGUUUCAUCUCGGAUUCUUACAAUUUAAAUGACUUAAAUUUGCACUGCCCAGU